GCCCUGGUCCCCAACUCUAGAAGACAGCGGAACUGAGAAAAGAAGAGGCCUGUGGACAGAAAAGUCAUGUCGAAUUCCCUGGUGGUGUGCGAGGUGGACCCUGAACUAAAGGAAAAGCUGAGAAAAUUUCGCUUCAGAAAAGAGACAGACAAUGCAGCCAUAAUCAUGAAGGUGGACAAGGACCGGCAGAUGGUCGUACUCGAGGGAGAAUUUCAGAACAUUUCUCCAGAGGAAUUAAAAACAGAGUUGCCAGAGAGACAGCCCAGGUUUGUGGUUUACAGCUACAAGUACGUGCACGAGGACGGCCGAGUGUCCUACCCGUUGUGCUUCAUCUUCUCCAGUCCUGUGGGCUGCAAGCCUGAACAGCAGAUGAUGUACGCAGGGAGUAAAAACAGACUGGUGCAGACAGCAGAGCUCACAAAGGUAUUUGAAAUCCGCACCACUGAUGACCUCACCGAGGCCUGGCUCCAAGAGAAGUUGUCUUUCUUUCGUUGACCUCUGAGCUGCGGAACUGGAUUCCUGAUGUCGGAGUCUCUGAAGAAACUGGGGACUGGGACCCCCUAGGACCUGAACGUCUGAGACCCUAAGGAAAUUAAAAUGCAGGAAUUCAAGAGA